CGGUAGAGUUCCAGAUGCUCUGGAAUAAGAUCAGGAAGUGGCUGGUAAGGCCUGGUAGAGUUCCAGAUGCUCUGGAAUAAGAUCAGGAAGUGGCUGGUAAGGCCUGGUAGAGUUCCAGAUGCUCUGGAAUAAGAUCAGGAAGUGGCUGGUAAGGCCUGGUAGAGUUCCAGAUGCUCUGGAAUAAGAUCAGGAAGUGGCUGGUCAUCUAUAGAGAAUAUGACAUGGACAAGUCAGGAUCCAUGAGCUCCUAUGAGAUGCGACUUGCUGUGGAGUCGGCAGGUUUUAAACUGAACAACAGGCUGAAUCAGGUCCUGGUGGCUCGCUAUGCUGAGAACGAGGCCGUAGACUUUGACAACUUCAUCUGCUGUCUGGUCAAACUGGAAGCCAUGUUUAGAUCUUUCCAGCAGCUAGACAAGGAGGGAGAAGGAGUGGCUGAGAUGAACAUCACUGAGUGGCUGUAUAUGACCAUGUGUGGUUGAAGAGGACCAGUUUUCUCCCAGGAGAGGGACAGGCCCGA